UCAGAGCAAGGAUGAUUUCGUGAUAAGAUUGCUGCAUCAGCUACUGCCCCCGAUUGCCUCCUAUAAAUACGUCGAUCCAGAUACAUCUUCCUCACAGAAAUCCAAGAAAACCAACAAGAUCACCGACCCACCAUUGAUCUCCAACCUUCUGGUUGAGAAUUUCGAGGCAAGAGGAGGUAGCUAGCCUAGCCAUGUCUCCCUCCCCUGAUGUGAUCCUCCCCCGUGUGCUCAUCGUCUCCCGCCGCACCGUCCGCAAGAACAAGUUCGUCGACUUCGUCGGGGAGUACCACCUGGACCUGGUGGUGGGCUACGGCGCGGUGCCGGUCAUCGUGCCGCGGGUCGCCGGCGUGCACGCCAUGCUCGACUCCUUCGAGCCCAUCCACGGCGUGCUCCUCUGCGAGGGCGAGGACAUCGACCCCUCCCUCUACGACGCCGGCGGCGACGGCGACGGUGAAGGCGACGCGCUCUCGCAGGAGCAGCUCGAGGCCGUGAGGAGCCUCCACCCGAGCGACGCCGCCGUGGACCACGAGAAGGACUCCAUCGAGCUCCUCCUCGCGCGCCGCUGCCUCGAGCGCAGCGUCCCGUUCCUCGGCAUCUGCCGCGGCUCGCAGGUGCUCAACGUCGCCUGCGGCGGCUCGCUCUACCAGGACGUCGAGCACGAGCUCCACCCCCAGAACGACGCCGCCGUCUGCCACAUGGACUACGCCAACUACGACGGGCACCGGCACCUGGUGCGCGUGCUCCACGGCACGCCGCUGCACGACUGGUUCGCCGAGUCGCUGCUCGACGGCGAUCAGCUGAUGGUGAACAGCUAUCAUCACCAGGGCGUGCGGCGGCUGGCCGAUCGGUUCGUGCCGAUGGCGCAUGCGCCGGACGGCCUGAUCGAAGGGUUCUACGACCCCGACGCGUACAACCCCGGCGACGGCAAGUUCAUCAUGGGGCUGCAGUUCCACCCGGAGCGCAUGCGCAAGGAGGGCUCCGACGAGUUCGACUUUCCGGGCUGCGCCAAGGCCUACCAGGAGUUCGUCCGCGCGGUCGUGGCAUACCAGGGGAAGCUGGCCGCCGCGCAAGCUCAUGCGCACGUCCAGAGCGCGGUCACCACGCCAGCCGAACUGAACAGGGAAAUGGAUAAGCAGCGCAAGGUCAUCGUCCGGAGCCUCUCGCUCGCCAAGAACAUGCACGUCUUCGGCAACAACACCGGCGUGCAACAGACGGCGGAGCACCGGGACGGGGACCUUGACGCCGGCGCGGAGUUCCUGGAGUCGAAGACGGCGCUGAGCGUGCAGCAGGAGAAGCGGCUGAAGCAGAUGGGCGCGACGGUGAGGAACGCGUCGGGGUACAUGAACAGGCUCAAGGUGAGCGAGGAGCGGGAGGCGGCGGCGCGGGCGCUCAUGGCCAAGAUGUCGGUCGCCCAGCUCGCCAGCCUCGCCGCCUUCUACCGCGCCAUGGGCAACGUCUGCUCCGAGGUGCUCGACGCCAAGCUCCAGCCGCCGUCUCCAACCCUGCACGAGUGACCUGUGAACCUGGCCGGAAAUGCUUGCUUGUUUCAUCAGAAAUUCAAAUGUUGCAAGACAUCCUGAAUUAAUUAAACCGUGAUGUUGAUGCAUGUAGUAACUCGGGAAGUGUUAGUUGA